AUGAACGUCGUUUUUAUUUGUUACCAUCCAAGACCAUCGCCGGAUCGCGUGGCAUGCGAAUUGAUCAACAGCGAAUCUGGUAACCAACCAAAUAGAAUUGUUAUUUUAGAAAUUAGGCAAGUGGCACCCACCACCCACGCACGAUAUCAUUGGUACGGAUAUAGAUGUGGGGGCAGAGGUCGAAAUUUCUGUGGCGCCUUCUCAAGUAAACGGCAUACAUUUAUUGGGGUCAACGACAACAACUUUGAACAGACAGUUGACGAAUGGAUGAAUGAUGACUUAAGUGACUGUGACAUCGAAAUAGACGAUGAGUCUAUUGAGAUCGGUCUUCCAAUUAUAACCACUCGCAAUGCUUCAACAGAGCCGGCUAUUCCCACUGACUUGACGCCUUACGAAGCUAAAAUACUGGAGACUGAAGACCAGCAGAACGAUCUCGUUUUGAGAGACUUGGUGCCAAGUGACUGUUUCGAUUUAAUUGGACAAGAGACCGACAGAUUUUUACGGGACUGGAGGACCGACUUUUACUAUUUCAGAUACGACACGUAUCAUCGACAUUUUUUAUAA